AUUCCUUUUUUCUACUUUUCCCUAGAGUAACAACUACCUUUUUCUCUUUAAUUCAUUUUCCAUUUUACCAAUUCUCGACAACCGCGUGUUUCUUUUAUUCAAUAAAUUUAUUCCAAUUCCUCGUAUCGCUCAAUUGUACUACAAUUAUUACUUGGUGGUUGCCCCCUUUCCCCUGCCCCUUUUUCCUCUUUUUUUCAAUACAUUUCCGUUAUUUUUCAAGAGAAUAUUUAACUCUUUUUCCCACAUAUUCCUGCACCAAUUAAGUUUUUUUUUCUUCAAUUUAUCUUGCGCAAAAUAAAAUUUUUUGUCUUCUAAUUUAACAAUUUUAUAAUUAAAAUAGUCAAAAUAAUUUUUUUUAUUUUAAAAAUUAAUUUUUUUCUUCCAAAAAUAAAUUAAAAAUGACAUUUAGCGAAGAGAAAAAAACAAUAUUAUUUCACCAAAAUUUUAUUUUUCAAAUCAUUUUAUUUUUUUUUUAAAUUUUCAUCCAUUUCCUUUAUUAACGCCCACAUAGAUUUACUCCCUAUAUAUUUUUCUAUUUAAGAAAAUAAUAUUUCUGCGAUUAAAAUGCCAUUGGCUAAAUGAGAAAAAUAUUAAUUUUAAUAAUUUACACAUCAUUUUGAAUAUAAGGAGCUUUUACUAAGCUGAUCUAUUGAAAAGAGGAAACGGUGUUUUAAACUGGAGUGGUCAAUGGAGAUUGAAAAUAUUGUUGCUAACACGGCCAGGACCGGUGGGCAAAGGAAAGGAAAAAGUAAAAAAUGGCGUCAUUACCUUCAAUUUCCUCACUACUCACAAUGUCUUCCAAUAAAAAAUGACAUUGACUUGAGUUAUCCCUUUAUUGUCGAAAAACAACCAAUUGGCCGGUUACUUUUUAAAAGAUUUUGUGAACAACAAAAACAAGAAGAUUUGGCUAUUUGUUGGCGAUUUUUAGAAAGGGUGGAAGAAUAUGAAACUAGUGACAAUGACCCAGAACAAAGACGUAGAUUAGCUGGCGCUAUGGCCCGCCUUUUUGAUGAACAAUUAGCCUUAACAGAAGGAAAUCAGUCUCAACAAAAUGCUAAAAAUCAUUCAGAAAUAGCUAAUACAGAGAAUAGUGCAAAUAAAACUUUAGUUAAUGGUGACGGACCGCCUCUAUCCCCUUCUUGUUCACCCAGCUCCAUUUCUGCCACCCAACAAAAUAAAUUGCUCAAUGAUAAAUUCAUUCAAAAAUGUGUGCGGAUAUCGACAGAUGCAGCUAAUUCAACUGGCCAACCCUCAACUACUUUGUUUGCUGGACUUGCAAAAGAAGUCAGACGUUCAUUAGCUGGCGAACCUUUCAAGCAAUUUAUGGAAACAAUUUAUUUUCAUCGUUAUUUACAAUGGAAAUGGCUAGAGAUGAGACCUGUAGACAAACAUACUUUUAGGCUUUACCGAAUACUUGGAAAGGGGGGAUUUGGUGAAGUUUGUGCUUGUCAGGUCAGAGCCUCAGGCAAAAUGUACGCCUUGAAAAAAUUGGAAAAGAAGCGGGUAAAAAAGAGACAUGCAGAAUCUUUAACUUUAAACGAGAAACAAAUACUUCAACGAAUAAAUUCACCUUUCGUCGUUAGUUUAGCUUAUGCCUAUGAAACAAAGGAGGCUUUGUGUUUAGUGUUGACUUUAAUGAAUGGAGGAGAUCUCAAAUUCCACCUCUACACACUCUCCCCUGGUGGAUUCGAUGAAAAACGUGCUCAAUUUUAUGCAGCAGAAAUUACUUUAGGUCUUCAACAUUUACACAGAGAGAGAAUUCUUUACAGAGAUUUAAAACCAGAAAAUAUUUUACUUGAUGAUUAUGGCUAG